CUUGGAUGUCCUUUGCUUCCCUACCCAUCGAGCAGCGCAUCCCUAAUCUACUCCGUCACUGCACCUUCGAACAGCUCAAACAAGUUCAUGGCUUUCUCAUCUCCUCCUCCCUCGCUCAACACCCUGCGCUCCCUUCCCUCUGCAUCCGCCGCGCAGCCGAGCUUGGAAAGACCGAGCAUGCUGAGCUCAUUUUCUUUUCGAGUAAUCCUCCUCAUAUUCUUCAAUGGAACGCGUUAAUCCGGGGCUGCUUUCAAUCCGGCCAGCAUAAGAAAGCUCUCAACUUGUUCCAUGAAAUGCUUCAACGAGGCCUGACGCCGAACGAGUUCACUUACUCAGACAUCUUUGCUUCUUGUGGUGCUCUUGAAGAGUGUGAGAUAGGGAAGAAGGCUCAUUGCCGGGCUCUGAAGGCUGGGUUUGAUUUGAUUCCCUUAGUUGCCAUCUCGCUUUUCAACCUCUAUGCAGCAAGCAGCAGUCUUGUUGAUGCAAGGAAGAUGUUUGAUGGGUUUUCCAUGAAAGCUAUUGGUUUGUGGAAUAAGAUGAUGUCUUUAUAUGUAGGAAUUGGAGAUAUUCUAUCUGCAAGGAAACUGUUUGAUGAAAUGCCCGAGAGAGACGUGGUGUCUUGGAACACGAUGCUUUCAGGCUAUGUGAGAGUGAAACAGGUGGAUAAGGCAAAGAAUUUGUUUCAGGAGAUGCCAGAAAGGAAUGUUUUUUCUUGCACAGUAAUGGUAGGAGCUAUAGCUGAUACAGGAGAUCUAAUAGGAGCAAGAAGAUUGUUUGAUGAAAUUCCAGAAAGAAAUGUAGUGUCUUGGAAUUGUAUGCUGUCAGCUUACACACGGCGUGGGAGGUUUAAGCAGGCAUUGGAUCUCUUUCUUCAGAUGCAGUCAUUUGGUAUUCUUCCAGAUGGGUUCACCUUCGUCUCAGCUUUGACAGCUUGUGCUCAUCUUGGAGAUUUGAAAACUGGAAAAUGGAUUCAUUGGCAUCUAAUAGGAAAUUGGCUUUGCUUUGGAGCUAUAGUUGGGACUGCACUUAUGGAAAUGUAUGCCAAGUGUGGGGAUAUUGACUCUGCAUUUAGAAUCUUCAUCAAAACAGCAAAGAAGGAUGUGUUCUGCUGGAAUGUGAUGAUCAAAGCCCUCGCGAUUCAUGGGAGGGGAAAUGAUGCAUUCCAGCUUUUUGCUUCAAUGAGGAAGGAGAAACUCCAGCUCAAUGACUUUACAUUAAUGAGUGUGCUCUUUGCUUGUAGUCAUGGAGGUUUGGUUGAGCAGGGCCGACAAAUCUUUGAAUCCAUGGAAAGGGAGUUUAUGAUCAAGCCAAGGAUAGAGCAUUAUGGCUGUUUGAUAGAUUUGCUUUGUCGUGCUAACCGACUUGAAGAAGCUUAUCAAGUGGUGAAGGAGAUGCCUUACAGGCCUGACAUUUUGGUGUGGGGAGCUUUGCUUGGAGGCUGUCGGGCUAGAAAUGACACAACAUUUGCAGAGAAAGUGAUGGAAAUGAUUCAGGACGUUGAUGAAAAUGGAAGUGGAGUUUAUUCAAUUAUGUCAAAUAUGUAUGCUGCUUCAAAUCAGUGGAGUGAGGCCCAGAGAACCAGAGAGAGGAUUAAUGAUAGAAGGAUUUGGAAGACUCCUGGUUGUAGUAGUGUUAUUGAUGCUUCUGCUAUUUAGGAGUCCCAACUGACUUAACCAUGGAUUGCAACAUCAUGCAUCAAUGUUGGUGUUGAAGGCAUCAUUGCUGGCAACAACAAACAUCAAUCUUGCUACAACAUCUAGUGUAGGCCUUUGUGAUGAUAAUGAUCAUCAAUAUUAAUGACAAUGAAGGGCAUCAAAGUUAUUUGCGAUGACGAACAUUGAUGUUGGUGUCAAUAUCAGUUGCCAUCGUUGGCAUUGACAGUAUUAUUGGUGGCAGCUUGUGCAGAAUUUCCAUCUCUACAAUGAAAGCCAAGGGCCU